UCUGAAGGCUUUUACUCAUAGACACAUACAUGUGAUAUUACUUUUUGUUCUUGUAAAAGAUGUCUUCAUUUGUCAAAAGUUUCUUGAUAUUGUUUGCAAGUAUGGCCGGUCACCGCACUAUUGGGGCCUCGUGCGGAGGGGUCCUGACAAAUUCCUCUGGGACGAUUAUGUCACCUGGCUUUCCGGUAAGCUAUGCCAACGACCUGUCUUGUGACUGGGAUAUCAUCUGUCCAGGUGGUAACAAAAUUAUCCUGACGUUCACGGACAUUGAUGUUGAAUACGCGGGUAGUAAUUGUUUUGACAGCAUUAAGAUAUUUGAAGAUAUAAAUGCCUCUUCGACCUAUGAGGUAUGUGAAGGAAUUGAUAGUGCAAGCGACAAAGGAUCCUCCAUUUUGUUAAGCUCGUCGACCGUCAGAAUCCGCUUUACCUCGGACUCGACCGUCACUAGGAAGGGGUUCAAGGCCAACUAUACUUUUGUUCCAAACAAUUGUGUAUAUGAAUACAAUACUUCAUCUGGAAUCGUUUUGUCACCAAACUAUGCCGGUAGAUAUCCCUCAAACAUACAGUGUGUAUAUUCAUUCACUUUUGGGGCGAGCCAGCUUUUGUCUCUACGAUUUCUGUCCUUUGAACUCGAAAAGGAGGUCAAGGACGGAUCCUGCGCCGAUUUCGUCAGGCUAAGGAAUGCCGACUUAAAAAUGUAUGGGGAAUUUUGUGGCAAGACGCUUCCGCGAAGCUUCUCUUUCUAUCAUGGAAAAGCGUUGAUGAUGUUUUCCAGUGACAAAACGAAAACCGAGGCAGGAUUUAGUCUUGCGUAUGAAGUGAAAAAUAUCACCGAAUGUCUCCAGGAUCCGUUAGGGGAAAGUUAUGCAGGUCAAAUCAACGUCACUAGUAACGGCAGCGCAUGCGCACGGUGGGAUGGCACACUUGCAAUGAAAAACGGGUUCAGUGAAUUGUUAGAUCAAGAGAACUACUGCAGGAACCCUAAUAACCAGCCAAUGCCUUGGUGCUUCAAUGCGGCGACCGAAAAUCCCGAGUACUGCAACAUCUCAUUUUGUGACUUAACGACCACCACACAGAAAACGACAACAACAACGACGACGACAACAACAACAACAAAACCAAUAACUACUACAACAACAACAACCUCCAAGACGACAACUCCAUCGACAACCACAAAAACCCAGACACCAACAAUCUUAUCGACCACUACCAGACAGAAGAGUAAUCUAACAGGACCAGAGCCUAUGGUUCUUUCGUCUACCAAAGUUUCAACAGACUUCAUUAUCAUUGUAAUUGUGGUUCCGGUCCUGCUUUUGAUACUCAUAUUUGGAAUUGCUAUUGCAGUUGUUCGCUUCCUUGUAAAGAAAAAAAAAAUGAGCGCUCCAAUAACGCAACUUCGGUCAAUCGUUAAUCCAAACUACGUUUCCAAAGACAGCGUUGUCGACGGCUACAUAGAGGCUCUCGAGAAUGACGAAAUUUCCCGACAAUCCAUCGUAGCAGCACACGAGUCAGUACUGCGCAUGUCACGGAAAUACUCCAGAUCUCAGCCGGCUGACACCGUGUAUCAGUCGUUAGAAGAUGUUGGUGGCUCAGGUACCCUGGAACGAAAACAGUCGAGUAAAGAAGAGAGCCCGUAUGUGGAGGCUAUAAACACAUAUGACGUUUUGAGGCAGAAAAGAGGAAAGAAAGUUGAUCCUAAUGACUUCAAAACCUACAGCGAAGUAUCCAUCAUCAGCGAAGGAAACGAACACUAUGAUCAUACAAAUACUACUAGUAAAGUAUUUGAAAACGAUGAAGACCAGGAAAUAUAUACGAACACACCAUCGCUUUUGGAAAAUGUCUCCGUUGGCCAAAGAGCUAUAGAUGCUAAUGUGAACAAAACGAAAACGAACAAUAGGAAAAAUGAAAUGCCAAGUUAUGCAACUCUCAAUAAAAAGAGACAUAGUUCAUUUGUCAGCCCAAAAUCCGUGCUACCGGAAUUGACCAGUGCAAAUAACAUUCGUUAUUCAACCGGAGAGAAAAUUUUUAAGAAUUCUAAUAAAUCAAAUGGGGAAAACGAAAAUGACCAACCUAUAUACAGUCAACCUGAUAAGACUAGAGGAAUGUUGGACGAUGUUCUCUCAGUUCUAGACGAACCGGAAAACCCCAACAGCGAUGAUGGAAACACUGGGGGUUCCAAUGAGCAACCGGUGUAUGCAACUGUGCACAAAACUCGUCAAGGUUCUACUAAACACCCCAAAAAACCAAGUGUACCAGACCCGAAAGACGUAAAAACGAGAAUGUCAACUAGCGAGAAAUUAGGAGGAGGCGACGUCGAGUCGGAAAGCCAGCAACAACAAGAUAAUGCCAUUGCAUCCGUUGCUCCGGAGGAAGAAGAGGCCAUCUACGAGGAAGCUGAUGUUCAGUACGACCAACUGCGGCGUCAGCGCACGCGCCGCAAUAGGAAUCUUGGUGUGAAAGUGUCGAUUUACAGUGAGAUACUACCAGACACAUCAAAUGACGAAGGCAUAUAUAGCAACACAGAGAGUGGAGGAAGAAUGAUCAAAAGUGAACAGGUCAUGGAGACUAAACCACCCCCGUCAGUCGAUGAGCCGGUGAUAAAGGCUGAUGCUGAUUCAGAAAGUCCUGCGGAACAAGACACUAACGAUGCAGUGAUUGAAAGUUCAAGACUGUAAGCAUGUUUGAGUUCGUGGACUUCAUUUGAUUAAGAAGUGUCUAAUAAAUGUCCCAUAAUACACCAUAGAUAUUGUUUUGUUUAAUUUUAUAAUCUUUGAAUACAAGAGUUGCAUGUCUUAUGAGUCAUGAACAUGAUCAGCAUUUGUCCGAUUUGUCCAAUUUUAUGAUAAACAAAAAAAUCCUUUUGAAUUAUUCUACUCAAUUUUAAUGUAUGAUUAGAAGAAUAAUCUUCUUUACCUUGAAUUUUACAAUCAAUUAAGAGUAAUAUUCUACAUCUCAGAAAGAAAUACGUCUAGAAAGUUUGAUAGUAAAACAGGGAGAGUUAAAAACAACUCCAAUACUGUGGUUUCAUCAAUAUUCAUUGAAUACCAAUUUUUGUGGAUUUCGUUUUUAAGUUGAUCCAUGAAAUUUAAUUUUUAUUGAAAUGCGAUGUCUGCUAUGAUGUUGUAUAUGAUAGAAUCAUUGACAACGAAAUUA